AUGAUUUCGCCAAACUAACAACAACAAUAUAUUCAACUAGGAAACUAGGUACCAGGCCGUGCUUGCUUCUUGGCAACUAAUUUGAUCAAUAUUUUGGUUCACACUUUGAUACUUUUUGAAGGUUAUCACAGCAUUGGAUCCUCUAUAAUAUUCUUACAUAUCUUCGUUGGUUACCUUAUCACUCAUUAUGUUUUGGGAGUAGUGUCUGCAAUUGAAUAAAGUCAAUCUUUACACAAGUUUUACAAGAUUUCCUGCGCUAUCAUAAGUAUAGUUCACUUAAUUGUUUGCAGCAUAUCUCUUAUUUGCGUUAUUGUCUUGGCUUCUUAGGGAUCAUCAGGAAAUGAAUUCUAUGCUUUAAUUCUAGUGAUAUACUUAAUGGGUCUUACAUGGUCUGGUGUUGAAUUAUGUAUUGACUAUUCUAAUUACAAGUACAUUAGCCAACUUAUUGCUUCUUCUAGUAACUAAUAGUUCUUGGGUUUACCUCAAUCUGCCUAUCUUAAUCAAACUUCAUUCCAUUAAGUUGCUUUGCCAUAAUAAAAUCAAGUUUAAGUGAAUUAACCUUAUGUACUCCACUAUCCAUAGCUACAAUAAUAAAUUCCUCAACAAAAUUUUAUGGAAUUUAAGCAAUAAUCAUUCGCUUAUCCUAUUAAAGCUGAUAUUAUGAAUACUUAAAACUCAGUCCACAAAUAACCUUUAAUGUUGUAAAAUGGUUAUCCUCAAUUCUAAUGA